AUGUCAGGAAUAAACCAGUUUGUUGCAACCUGCUGGACUUGCCUUCUGCUCUCUGCUUUCCUGUGUGAGCCCGUGCUUUCCAAGGGCGGUCGUGGGGGCUCCCGGGGCUCCUCUCGGGGUUCCCCCUCCCGCAGCUCCACAGCAGGGACUUACAGGGGAGGGGGUGCUUACGGCGGGACCCGUUCCCGCUUUAGGGUGGCAGGGCGGUCAUCCCCUGUGAGGGUGGCGAGUGCAGCAGCAGCAGGGGCAGCUGUGGCUUUAACAGCAGAUAAAUGGUACGCCUCCGCUUACCGUCGCAGCAACGCGGACAGCUCAGAGGAAGAGCUGGAUUACUACAACAGGACCAAUUACUUUGAUGCACUGAUGUCAGGCUCCACUCCUAGAGGAUCUUCUUUCUCUCAACUGGUUUCUAUUAUUAUUGCAACAUUGUUCCCAAAAUAUGGACUCCUACUGGACAGUUUAUUAGACUUUCAGGUUAUUUUUUAG